CUUGUCACGGCAACCGGGCGGAGAUGUGAAGGUGGCCGCGUUGUCGGUGAAAAUCAGAAAACAAAGAAACGGCUUCCAGCUGGAGCCGAGCGGCAGCGGCCAGGAGAAAUGCAGUCGGAAGAUGCUCGCUAUCUGAAGAGGAAAGUAAAAGGCGGUAACAUAGAUGUCCACCCAGUGGAGAAAGCUUUGGUUGUUCACUAUGAAGUAGAAGCUACAAUUUUGGGUGAAAUGGGCAAUGCCAUGCUUGGAGAACGGAAGGAAUGUCAGAAAAUUAUUCGCCUGAAAAGCCUGAAUGCUAACACUGACAUCGCAUCCCUGGCGCGCAAGGUGGUAGAAGAAUGCAAGCUCAUUCAUCCAUGUAAACUAGCAGAGGUUGAACAGCUGAUCUAUUACCUUCAGAACCGUAGGGAAAGUCCUCCAGGAAGAGAAAAGCAAGAAAAAAAGGUUGGCAAACUGAAGGACCCACCUCCUUUUGAAGGAAUGGAAAUUGAUGAAAUUGCAAAUAUUAAUGAUAUAGAAGAUUACAUAGAAUUGCUGUAUGAGGAUAUAUCUGACAAAGUGCGAGGUUCAGCACUCAUUCUUCAGCUGGCUCGCAAUCCUGAUAAUUUGGAAGAAUUGCUACAAAAUGAGACUGCAUUGGGAGCAUUGGCUCGAGUGUUGAGAGAGGACUGGAAACAAAGUGUAGAACUUGCAACCAACAUUAUUUACAUAUUUUUCUGUUUCUCCAGUUUUUCUCAAUUUCACGGACUAAUCACUCACUAUAAAAUUGGUGCUCUCUGCAUGAACAUUAUCGACCAUGAAUUGAAAAGACAUGACCUAUGGCAAGAAGAACUUCAUAAAAAGAAGAAAGUAGUUGAAGAUGAUGCUGAUAAUCAAGUCCUGAAGAAGGACUAUGAGAAAACAUACAAGAAGUAUCAGGGUUUAGUUAUCAAACAGGAGCAACUAUUGAGAGUUGCUUUCUAUCUUCUGUUGAAUUUGGCGGAAGACACGAGGACUGAACUCAAAAUGAGGAACAAGAAUAUUGUCCACAUGCUUGUGAAAUCACUCGAUCGAGAAAACUUUGAGUUGCUGAUCCUGGUGAUGUCCUUCUUAAAAAAACUUAGUGUAUUUGUAGAGAACAAAAAUGAUAUGGUAGAGUUAAACAUCAUUGAGAAGCUAUCAAGGUUGGUGCCCUGUGAGCAUGAGGAUCUUCUGAAUAUUACUUUGCGCUUGCUGCUGAACCUUUCCUUCGACACUGGGCUUCGGAACAAGAUGGUCCAAGUGGGUCUACUUCCAAAAUUGACUGCGCUGAUAGGAGCUGAAAACCAUAGACAAAUAGUGAUGUGUAUUUUGUACCAUAUCACCAUGGAUGAUCGCUUCAAAUCCAUGUUUGCAUACACUGAUUGCAUUCCACAGUUAAUGAAGAUGUUAUUUGAAUGUGCAGAAGAGCAUAUUGAUAUGGAAUUAAUAUCCUUUUGUAUUAACCUUGCAUCUAACAAGAGAAAUGCACAAUUAAUCUGCGAAGGAAAUGGCCUGAAAAUGCUAAUGAAAAGAGCCUUCAAAUUCAAGGAUUCACUGCUGAUGAAAAUGAUCAGGAAUAUUUCCCAGCAUGAAGGCCAAACCAAAGAUUUAUUCAUAGAAUACGUUGGGGAUCUGGCAGCUCAGAUUAAUAGCAAUGAAUGUGAAGAAUUUGUUAUUGAGUGCCUUGGAACAUUGGCUAAUCUGACAGUUCCAAAUCUUGACUGGGAGCUUGUGCUGAAAGAAUAUAAUUUGGUUCCUUUCCUCAAGGACAAACUGAAGCCAGGUUCAACAGAAGAUGACCUGGUUCUGGAAGUGGUGAUUAUGAUUGGCACUGUGUCCAUGGACGAUUCUUGUGCGGCAAUGCUAGCAAAAUCUGGAAUUAUUCCAGCACUCAUUGAACUUCUAAAUGCCAAACAAGAAGAUGAUGAAUUUGUUUGCCAGAUUGUAUACGUCUUCUACCAAAUGGUUUUCCACCAAGCUACCAGAGAUGUAAUUAUAAAGGAAACGCAGGCUCCAGCAUAUUUGAUUGAUUUGAUGCAUGAUAAAAACGCAGAGAUACGGAAAGUCUGUGACAACACGCUGGACAUCAUUGCGGAGUAUGAUGAAGAGUGGGCCAAAAAAAUUCAAAGUGAGAAGUUUCGCUGGCACAAUUCUCAGUGGCUGGAAAUGGUUGAGAAUCGCCAGAUGGAUGAAAGUGAGCCCUACGUCUAUGGUGAUGAUGGCUUAGAGACAUUUAUUCAUGAAGGAGACAUUCUUGAAAGACCUGAUCUUUUCUACAAUGCAGAUGGACUUCUACCCCCUGAUGGAACCAUUAGUCCAGAUUUCUUAAGUGAAUACCAGUUUCAAAAUGGUGAUCUUGUUGGACAGCAUCCUUACAGCAGUAUGGCAGUUGAUGGGUUUGGUCAGCCAGUUAACUUUCCUGGGCGUCCAGUCACAGCCUAUGGUUACCGUCCAGAUGAUCCUUACCUCUAUCCAUUUGGAACCAGAUAAGCUCAGCAAGAAAUAUUUAUUAAUGCUUUUGUAACACUCCUUGUACAUAACUGCAUGUGUAACGUACUGUGGUUCUUUGUUGGUACUGCAUAGUGUCAGAGCUAAGAUGUGAAUUACAUUUAUACAUGUAACAGUCCAAUGUCCUGACUGAAAUAUAUUAGCGGUAUUUGGAUUAUUUAAUGUGCUUUCUGCUUUUAUCCUUCUGAAACACUGGAUGAGUCUCAAGACCGUAACUGGAAUGAAGUCUCCAAUAUACAUAUUGUAGUCUUAAAUAAGUCAUUUCUAUAACUAAUAACUUGCUAUUUAAAUUAUGGGAUCUCAGUUUGUUAAUCUGAAAAUGUUUCAUUAUAGCAAUUUUACCUUUAAAGCUGUUUACUACAACAAGCAGUAUUUAAAAUUGUUUCUUAUUUUCAGAAAUGAUUACACAAAAUACAGAGCCAUAUUCGUAGUUUUAAAUAACAUGAAUUGUGUCUAAUUGUAGUUUAUUACACUUCUGUUUGUUCCACAUCCAGUAUGCUUGUUUCUAUUUAUUUUUGCAUUACUGCAAUCCAUGAACAAAUGCGGAUUAAACAGAUUUGGCAGAAUUGUUUGUUUGGCAUUAUAGCAACCUAUGAAAUUAAUAAAUGAGAAAAUAAACAGGCAAAAUCA